AUCCACCUAGGCCCUCCACACAAGUCCAACUUCGGCUAUUCGUAUGCGAAACGCAUGCUGGACGUUGCGAACCACGCCUAUCACGAGCAGCAUGGCAAGAUGUUCACGUCGGUGGUGCCUUGCAAUGUGUUCGGACCACAUGACAACUUCCACCCACAACACAGUCAUGUCAUACCGGGUCUCAUACGUCGGCUGCAUGCUACCAUGCAAACUGGUGGAGAUAAAUUCACAGUAUUAGGCUCUGGGAGGCCACAGAGGCAGUUCAUCUAUUCUAUAGACCUGGCUCGUCUGAUAGUCUGGGUGCUACGAAAUUACAACGACGUCGAACCAAUUAUUUUAUCAGUUGACGAAUCGUCCGAAGUAACAAUAGCAGACGCUGCGCGUUCAGUGGCUUUGGCGUUUGAAUUUGGCGGUCAAAUCGAGUUCGACACUAGCGCUGCCGACGGUCAACUACGCAAAACUGCCAGCAACAGCAAGCUACGAUCUCUGCUACCUUCCAGCUUCCAAUUCACCGACUUCGACCAAGCUGUCAGGGAGACCGUUGAGUGGUUUAAGGCUAACCAGGAGUCGGCUAGGCUAUGAUUUAUUCAUUCAUACAAAUGAUCGGCGCAAAUUGCUCAUAAAUGUUCACUUUCAAAUACUUAGGCCCGGUUGCACAAAAGCUGGUAAAAUUUUAACCAUGAUUAAUUUCACGAGAAUCAAUCAGAGAAGGCCUUUUUGAUAAGACGGCUUCUCUGAUUGUUCUCGUAAAUU